AUGUUUGAGUUUGCUGUGGUUUCUCUGCUCCUACAUCUGCCUCUGUCUCUCUCUCUCCCCAUCUAUGACUCCUCUCCUCUUCUGGCCUUUGAUGACCAGGUCCGGCAGAUACACCUGUACACAGAAAGUAAACACAGAAGCCUCUUCCUCGCAAUUUAUCCUAACGGCACCGUCACUGAAGCACCCACCCAGACAGAGCACACGCUGUUGGAGCUUAAAGCAAUAAAACCAGGUGAAACAGUGAUUCUGGGUGUGAUGUCAUUACUCUACCUGUGUGUAGAUUCUUCUGGUCAGCUGACAGGACUGGAACCCACUCUGCAAACAAAUACAGCGGACUGCUCCUUCACUGAGCUGCUACUGCCUGACGGAUACACCUACUUCAUCUCAGCACACUAUAGACUUCCUGUAACCCUACUGUCCUACUCUCAUUUCCUAAAACUCAGAAACACUCUGCCCAUAGACACUAAAGCAGCAGCAGACGAACAGCAGAACCCUGAUUGGUUUAAAGGAGAGGUAGAUCUGGACUCUGACGAUCCCUUCGGUCUGAGACAGGCCGUCCAAUACCCCAGGAGCCCCUUUUUCCACAUGGAUCGAUGA